GCGGCAACCGCUGAGUAGGGGGUAUGGGGUUUUCAGUAGCUUUGGUAUUUUUCCUUGGGGGAGCGGUGCUGCGGGGAGCUGCAGUCAGAUGCGGCUACCAGUCCUGCCCAGUGACAAAACCUGACAUGCUCAAUGUUCACCUUAUCCCUCACACUCAUGAUGACGUGGGCUGGCUGAAGACAGUGGACCAAUAUUUCUUUGGAGUCCGCAAUGACAUCCAACAUGCCGGGGUGCAGUACAUCCUUGACUCUGUCAUUCCUCAGCUGCUGGCUGACCCCAGCAAGCGUUUCAUCUAUGUGGAAGUGGCAUUCUUUGCCCACUGGUGGGGGCUGCAGACAGAAGCCAUGCGCCAGUCUGUGCAGCAGCUGGUUGCUGAAGGGCGCCUGGAGUUUGUGAAUGGCGGUUGGUGCAUGAAUGAUGAGGCGUCGGUACAUUACAGUGCUGUCAUUGAUCAGAUGAGUCUCGGGCUCCAUUUCCUGAAAGAGACCUUUGGAGAAUGUGGCCGACCCCGUGUAGCCUGGCACAUUGAUCCUUUUGGGCACAGUCGGGAGCAGGCUUCUCUGUUUGCUCAGAUGGGCUAUGAUGGUUUCUUCUUGGGCCGUAUUGAUUACCAGGAUAAAUCCCACCGUCAGUCACUGCGUGAAAUGGAGCAAUUGUGGCGUGCAAGCAGAAACCUGGAUCCACCUAUGGCUGAUCUCUUCACUGGUAUCCUGCCAAAUGUUUAUAACCCCCCUAUGUCUCUCUGCUGGGAUCAGAUCUGCUCUGACAAUCCCAUUGUGGAUGAUGACAGUGAUGAGAACAAUGUGGAAAAUAUAGUGGCCUAUUUUCUGGGAAUUGCAGCUGCCCAGGCCAAACACUAUCGCACGAACCACAUUGUCAUGACCAUGGGAUCUGAUUUCCAGUACGAGAACGCCAUACUGUGGUACAAGAACAUGGACAAGUUGAUCCAUCAUGUUAAUGCGCAGCAACUGAAGGGCAGCCCUGUCAAUGUACUCUACUCAACUCCAAGCUGCUAUCUUUGGGAGCUGAAUAAAGCCAACAUGUCAUGGUCUGUGAAAUACGAUGACUUCUUCCCGUAUGCCGAUGGCCCCCAUCAAUUCUGGACAGGCUAUUUCACCAGCCGACCAGCUUUGAAACGCUAUGAACGGCUCAGCAACAACUUCCUUCAAAUCUGCAACCAGCUGGAAGUGUUAGUUGGCAUGAAAGCAAACCUCGGGCCUUAUGGCAGUGCUAACAGUUCUGUGCUGCGCCAAGCUAUGGGAGUUGCUCAGCAUCACGAUGCAGUGAGUGGCACAGCAAAGCAGCAUGUGACCAAUGACUAUGCCAAACAGUUGUCUGUUGGUUGGGAUGCCUGCCAGAUUGUGAUGAGUAAUGCCCUAGCCAGUCUUGUCGGCAGCAAGGAAAACUUCAUCUAUUGCACCUACCUCAACAUCAGCGUCUGCCCACUAACCGAAGCUGCCCCCACCUUUACCGUGAUCAUCUAUAACCCUCUGGCCCGUUCUGUGGAUUGGAAUGUCCGACUGCCUGUGAACGGAAGUCAUUAUUCAGUUGUAGCUCCUGAUGGUCAGAAUGUUUUGAAUGAGGUCAUUCCUGUAUCAAGUUUUACCCGUGCCGUGCGGCAUAAUCGGGGCAGUGCCAUCAAUGAACUGGUAUUUCAGGCAUCCCUUCCGCCAUUGGGCUAUAGCACCUAUUCCAUUUCCCAGCUGCCUGGCAGGAAUCCAGCAGGCUCCAGGCUGCUGAAAAGGCUGCGCCCCCAACCUGCUGCAGAGCAUCUUACAUUGGCAAUUGAGAACGAGCAUCUGCAAGUUCUAUUUGACCCCAGAACAGGACUGAUGAAGGAGAUUUGGAAUAUGGACAAGAACAUCUCCUUACCAGUUCUUCAGAGCUUCUUCUGGUACAAUGCCAGUGUUGGAAAUGAAGAACAUUCACAGGCGUCUGGAGCCUACAUCUUCCGUCCUGACACCUCUAAGCCGUUUCCCAUUGCCCAGAAAGCUCGUAUAUAUCAAAAGAAGACCCAAGUGGUGCAAGAGCUGUACCAGAACUUCUCCGACUGGUGCUCCCAAGUGGUGCGCCUCUAUGCUGGGCAGCCAUAUGUUGAACUGGAAUGGACAGUGGGACCCAUUCCUAUAUGGGAUCAUCUUGGCAAGGAGAUCAUCAGCAGGUUUGAGACAAACCUGCAGACUGAAGGCCUUUUUUACACAGACUCCAAUGGACGCGAGAUCCUGGAGAGAAGGCGCGAUUACAGAGUCACAUGGAAUCUGAGCCAGACCGAGCCAGUGGCAGGCAACUACUACCCUGUGAACAGUCGUAUCUACAUCAAGGACCAGAAGACCCAGCUAACAGUGCUGACAGAUCGCUCACAGGGUGGCAGUAGCCUCACCGAUGGCUCUCUUGAACUGAUGGUACAUCGAAGGCUGCUACAUGACGACAACCGGGGCGUUGGGGAGCCAUUACUGGAACCUGGCGAUUAUCACAAUGGACUUGUGGUGCGAGGUCGCCACCUUGUCUUCUUAGACACAGUGGAAUCAUCCGCUGAGUUGCACCGCCUGCGGGCCCAGCAAGAGUACAUGGCACCACAGCUGGUGCUGGCACCAGGGGGAGGACCUCCCUACCAACCUGGUCAGGGCAUCAUCAAAGAGUUCUCUGCUCUCCGCCAUGCCCUUCCUUUGAACAUCCACUUGCUCACAUUGGCCCAGUGGGAGCCUGAUGCCGUUCUCAUCCGUCUAGAGCACCAAUUUGAAUACAGGGAGGCAGUCAAUGGCUCCUUGCCUGUUGUCAUUAACUUGCUGAAUUUGUUCUCUUCCUUCAACAUCAUCACCGUGCAAGAAAUGAACUUGUCAGCAAACCAGAAGCGGGAGAAUGUGAGCAGGCUCAUCUGGCAGCCAGCUGAAGGGGUAGCAGCAGAACAGCAAUCAAGCACUGGCCUAGACCCAGCACACAUUGAAUUAUUUCCUAUGGAGAUCCGAACCUUCCUGCUGCAGAUUAGGUACCGAGACAAGCCUGGGCAAGAAAUAUGAGUUCAACCUGUGGUUGGUCCAAGCAGAAGUAUUGUCCCAAAGAACAGCAGGACAUGGGAGCCUUCUCCCAGGAACCUGUGCAAGAUGGAGGAAGUGGUCCCCUCUGAGCCAGGCAUCAUCUUGUUCUGUGGACAGAGGAUGCCUUAAGCUGCUUAAUGCCUGCUGGUAUAGGUAGUAGGACUUAUCUUUAGAAAUUUUCCCAGAUUUUUUUUUUCUUUUGCAAAUGAAAAAGGGAUCGUUGUUAAAAGGCCAUUCUGGUCCUGCCUCCAUGUCCUCAAAGCACAUCCAUAAUAAACAAAAAAUUACCGUCCUUACAGAGCGUUUUGGAAGUGCUGGAAUAUUUGGACGAUCUUAAGUACAAUCAUCUUUUUAAUAAACCUCUUAAAUAUAA